CGGAAUUUGGCCAAACAUAUUUUAUUGAAACAUCACUGCCUUUUGGCUUGUUUUUAGACGUUUCAAAUUUGUGAUACUUUUUUUAUCUGUUGUAGCUUAUACUGUAUACACUAGUGUUUUUAGCCCUUUUCCUUUUAGGCAAUAUUGGAUAUUGUGCCUGUUGGCUGUUGGUAUCCAAAUGUGACGCAAAACUAUGGCUGAGAAUCCGAAUUUAUGGCAAGAUUGCGCAGAAUGGCUGGUACAGUGCCAGGUGCUUCCACCGAAUCAUCGUGUCACGUGGCCGAACGCUCAACUCCUGGAUCUCGCCCGAACACUCCAGGAUGGAGCCAUUUUAUGCCAGUUACUACACAUCCUGAAGCCUGGCUGUAUCAAUCUGAAAGAUGCCAAUUUGGCUCCAAAACUCUCGGAGUUCGCCUGCUUGAAAAAUGCCCGUUUAUUUUUGGAUACCUGUCGAGCGCAGUUUGGAAUGCGGCCUAAUCAGCUGUUUGAGCCGACGAUGUUGGCGGAAUUGGGGAAUUUUUUAGAGGUUUUGAAAUGCCUUUCCGAAUUGUCCCAGACGCAGCCAGUCCGUGCACGAGGCUUUCCCAUGUUUCCUAGGAGUCCACCAGCCAAAGCAGUGGAAUACUACAAUGUGGAUGCGUUUAAAAACCUGGAACAGCAUUCUGUACCGGAUGAAGACGAAGACGCAUUUAAUUCGGCACUACAGACGACGCAGGAUGAAGACCAUGCCUAUGAGGAUUUAUGCUAUAUCCGAGUUCCGCAGAUUUUGACGGAUAAAUUUCCCGAGCCACGGGACAAACGCGAUCACUGUCUGAAGGAGCUCUUUGAUACCGAACGCAACUACGUGGAAGCGCUCAAGUUGAUUAUUGAACAUUUUAUGCGGCCCGUACAGGCCGUACUGAAUUCCGACGAAGUGCUGACCAUUUUUAUCAACAUUGAGGAUUUGGCUGAACUGCACGAGGACUUCUUUAAAGAUCUGCGUACGGCGUGUUUAUCGCGGAAUCACGCGGGCCGCAUGCUGAAGGAAUGUUUUGCCAAGUGGCGCAUGAAGUUUACGAUGUAUGGGCGCUAUUGUGCGUCGCUCAUUAAAGCGCAGCAACGGCUGGACGAAUUGAUGGCCAAAAGUGAGGAUGUGGCUUGCCGAAUAAAGAAAUGCCAGAAUGACACGAACGACGGGAAAUUCCGCCUACGCGACUUGUUGAGUCUGCCGAUGCAGCGCAUUCUCAAGUACCAUUUACUGUUGCGUGAGUUGAAGAAGCACAGCACCAACACGUCCCUGGAGGACCAAGGGGACCUGCAGGCGGCGCUGGAUAUCAUGCUGGACGUGGCGGUGUAUAUUAACGAAGUCAAGCGCGACAACGAGAUGAUCGACUGGAUCAAGGCCAUUGAGAACAGUAUUCAGGAGUUUGAAAUGCCCGGGAAACAACACUUCACGGAAUGGGGCCGUCUCUUGCAGGAUGGGCAGGUCCGCUUCCGGCCCCACGAGACCACCACGCCCAAAACCAGGCAUAUUUUUGUGUUUGAUCGGGUGAUGCUGGUUGUUAAGCAAACAAAGAACGAUCAGUACUGCUAUAAGAGCGCUCUGAAUCUAAGCGACUUCAACGUGGAUGAAACCGUUCCCGCCAAGUCGCUUCGUGACAAGUGGAGUCAUCAGUGGCACAUCUACAACCACAAGGACCAAGUAGGCUACACGAUGGCCGUCAAGACGGAAGAGCUGCGCCGCAAAUGGAUCGACAAUAUCAAAUUAGCACUGGAGAAUCUGAAUCCACCCGGCGCGCCGCCCGGUCCGCACUCCCAUCUGGAGUACUGCACGUUUCCCGAGCCGGCACUGUGUGCGGUGUGUGGAAAAUUGUUGCGCGGACAGUUCUUCCAGGGCUACCGAUGUCCGCGGUGUCAUGGCGGCGUGCAUAAGGAGUGUAUUCCCCAGUUCCGCGAAUGCUUCCCCCACCGGCCCAGUGUCCCCGCACGCUCCUUAUCCUCCGUGUCCAUGAAGUUCAACGGCUCGCACCGGCAUUCCUCAGGCAGCACCCUUGUCCACAGCCCGACGGGUCGCUCACCGCGCGCCAUGUCCAUUAGCAGCUUCCCUUCCUCCCUGGACCGUCUAGGCGGCUCUUUGGACGGUGGAACUUCCGCGUCAACCCUCCGCCACUCCGAUUCCCUCAUGUCGCACGAUGAGGAAGCGGAGAAUGUCCCGGGAAGCGGGAAUGGCGGCGGUCUGCAGGUGCCCAAUGGGAAUCGUCAUAGCCUGCUGACACCGUCCCCCCACAGUCCCGGUUCGCCCUUCUCCCCGGCGGUCAACGGUCAUUUCACAUACAAGAACGAGGAGGAUGAGCAACUGAGUUUGUAUCCGUGGUUUGCCGGGUUUAUGGAUCGGGAGAAGGCGGAGGAGAUAUUACAGCGGUUCCCGAAUGGAACGUUUUUAUUGCGGAUCAGUGUGAAGGGAGAGACGUACAAAGCCAUCAGUGUCAAAUUCGAGAACAAAGUACGGCAUAUCCGCAUCCUGAAGCAUUCCGACAACGAGACGGUGUAUUUGGCGCCGAACAAGUAUUUCCGAUCUGUGCUGGAUCUCAUCCUGUGGUACCAGAACAACAGCCUGGAAACCUCCUUUCAGGGAAUGACGACUACCUUGAAAACGCCCUAUAAGAGGGCGCUGCUGCCACAAAUAUCCGACAAUGGUACGGCGGAACCGGUGCUGGCGCGUGCCAUUGUCCGCUACGGGUUUUCCGCGACAUCACCCAACAUGCUGACCAUCAACGUGGGUGAUGAAGUGGAGGUUAUCGGGAAAAAGGGUGAGCAGCGUGGCUGGUGGAAGGGGCGCUGUAAGGGCAAAAUUGGAUAUUUCCCGCUCAGCUAUGUGGAGGAAAUCAAAGAAGCGGAGACACAGUGAUCAUCGCCUUAUUUUCUGGCCACUUUUUUGUACCUGUUUUUCACUUUUGUGAUCUUUUGAUCUGCGAGCGAAUGGACGCUGAAUUUUGCGGCAGGGAACGUCGUUUGACGAGUACGAUUUGAAUUUAAAGUAUCCGCAUGUGUGUGCGUCUUGAAUAUUUUUACCGUUUUUGAUGAUAAACAGUUUUUCUGUGGGUUUUUAAGUGCGAGGGUUCAUUUUAUAGUGUUUUUGUUUAAAUUUCUGUUUUUUGAAUAUUUUAUGAUUUGUGCCGUUACUGGAUAUUGUGCUGACAUGAAUGAUGGAUGCCAAAUUAAAAUUGUAUGUCUUUGGA